AUUGUUCGCAAUUAGUUCCAAAGUUGUGCUUCGAUUGUUUUGCUGGCUUUUUUACUCAUAUCUUCGUUUUUUAUAGAUAAAAACCCAUAAAAUAUUUCACCAGCUCACUUUAUUUUAUUUUUUUAAAUAGCUUGGGACCAUUAAAUUUGAGAAUAGUCAGUGUGAGUUAGAUAGAAAUUUCAAAAGGCACAAAACAUAAAAAUAAAACAAAAAAGAGGUUGUAAAAAAGUGUAAACGGCAGACAUUAAUAAAUAAAACACAUACACAACAUUUCGAAAUGGCAAGCACUUCAAGACAUGAAGUUUUAUCAAAUAAAGUUGUGUGCUACGCACAUCCCGAAGCACCACUGAUUGAAGACUAUCGAGCUGGUGAUAUGAUUUGCUCCGAAUGCGGUUUAGUUGUGGGAGAUCGUGUUAUUGAUGUCGGUUCCGAGUGGCGAACAUUUAGUAAUGAAAAAUCGGGCGUUGAUCCAUCUCGUGUAGGUGGUCCGGAAAAUCCACUUUUGAGCGGUGGUGAUUUAUCGACUAUGAUUGGUCCCGGAACUGGAUCCGCAUCAUUUGAUUCGUUUGGAAAUGCGAAAUACCAAAAUCGCCGCACAAUGAGCAGUUCGGAUCGUGCCUUAAUUGCCGCAUUUAAAGAAAUCUCCCAAAUGGCAGAUCGUAUUAAUUUGCCAAAAACAAUUGUGGAUCGUGCCAACAAUCUGUUCAAACAAGUUCACGAUGGCAAAAAUCUCAAGGGUCGUUCGAAUGACGCAAAAGCAUCAGCAUGCUUAUAUAUUGCAUGCCGACAAGAAGGAGUACCACGAACAUUUAAAGAAAUUUGUGCAGUAAGCAAAAUCAGCAAAAAGGAAAUUGGACGAUGUUUCAAACUUACACUGAAAGCGCUUGCUACAUCCGUUGAUCUUAUUACGACCGCCGACUUUAUGAGCCGGUUCUGCGCUAAUUUGGUUUUGCCAAAUAUGGUUCAACGGGGGGCUACACAUAUCGCACGAAAAGCCGUUGAAAUGGACAUCGUACCUGGUCGUUCACCGAUUUCCGUUGCAGCUGCGGCUAUCUAUAUGGCAUCACAGGCUUCGGAAGAGAAGCGUAGCCAGAAAGAAAUUGGAGACAUAGCUGGUGUUGCCGACGUAACAAUACGUCAAUCAUACAAAUUAAUGUAUCCACACGCAAGCAAGCUCUUCCCCGAGGAUUUCAAAUUCGCUACACCAAUUCAUUUAUUACCUUCUGUGUAAACAAACAUACGGAUUCUAUGUUUGUAUUGAAUAUUUUUUUUGCGUCAAUUUUUGAAGAAGAAAUAUAUUUCUUUCCUUUUACUAUGCCGAACAUUGAGUUAGAAAAUAUGUUA